AGCACUAGUUCAGUGAGCACCAAGUAGAGUGGUGAAGUUGGACUAUGUCAAGCUCCACCCAUUUGGCUCUGCAGUGAGCACCACUUGCAAAUACUUGGCCCUACAAACCUGCAGCCUGCCUCCUCAGCCACAGGACUGGUUGUCUAUCGAUGAUCAAGACAUCGGUAAUCGACUAAUGUUACAUGAAAAUAAGCAAGAUGGCGGAUACAACGCCUGAUAGUGCGCAGAAAGUCAGCGCUAAGGCACUGUUGGAAAGUAAGCUUAAAGCCUUCAGCAUUGGCAAGAUGGCUGUUGCAAAAAGAACUCUCAGCAAGAAGGAACAAGAUGAAAUAAAAAAGAAGGAGGAUGAGAGGGCUGCCGCGGAGAUCUACGAGGAAUUCCUCGCUGCGUUCGAAGGGGGGGAUGGCAAGAUCAAGGCUUUUGUCAGAGGUGGCAUUGCAAACGCAACAAAAGAAGAAGCUACUACUGAUGAGAAGAAAGGAAAGCUCUACAAACCCAAGUCUCGCUUCACAGAAACAAAAAAUAUUUUGCCGCUAGAAACCCCUCCACAAUUUUUAUCAAUAGAAAAAAAUAGAAAUGCCUCAAAGAAGGGGGAAAAGGGAAAGAAGAAAAGUAACCUGGAGUUGUUUAAAGAGGAGCUCAAGCAGAUACAGGAAGAACGGGUCGAGAGGCACAAGAUGAAAGGACGGGUCAGCCGAUUCGAAGCCCCCUCUGGCCUGGACGGGAGGCGCUCAUUGGAUGGUUGCUCACGAAGAAACCGUCCCUUCAGUGUUCUGGAUGAGUCCGCACCUGGAUCACAUGAUGUUGGAGACCCUUCUACCACUAAUUUAUAUCUUGGAAACAUAAACCCACAGAUGAACGAGGAGAUGCUUUGUCAGGAGUUUGGUCGUUAUGGUCCCUUGGCCAGCGUGAAGAUCAUGUGGCCCAGGACGGACGAGGAGCGGGCCAGGGAGAGAAACUGCGGCUUCGUGGCUUUCAUGACCAGGAGAGACGCAGAGCGAGCGCUCAAACAUUUAAACGGCAAAACCAUUAUGAAUUUUGAGAUGAAACUGGGAUGGGGUAAGGGUGUCCCAAUCCCACCCCACCCCAUAUACAUCCCGCCCUCCAUGAUGGAACACACCCUCCCUCCGCCCCCCUCUGGACUCCCCUUCAACGCCCAGCCCCGCGAGAGGCUAAAGAACCCCAACGCCACGCUGCAGCCCCCACCGAAAAACAAGGAGGAGUUUGAUAAGACUCUGUCGCAAGCCAUAGUCAAAGUGGUUAUCCCAACAGAAAGGAAUUUGCUCUCCCUGAUUCACCGAAUGAUCGAGUUUGUGGUGCGUGAGGGCCCAAUGUUUGAAGCCAUGGUUAUGAACCGGGAGAUCAGCAACCCAAUGUUCAGGUUCCUGUUUGAGAACCAAAGCCCAGCACAUGUGUACUACAGAUGGAAGCUCUAUUCCAUUCUACAGGGAGACUCUCCCACCAAGUGGAAGACUGAGGAAUUCCGCAUGUUUAAGAAUGGGUCAUUGUGGCGCCCCCCUCCACUGAACCCCUACUUGCACGGGACACUGGAGGAUGAAGAGGAGGAAGAAGAGGAGGACGCCAGCAAAAAAGGCUGCUUGAAAGACGACGAGAGAGACAAGCUGGAGGAGAUGCUCCGGGCCCUGGCGCCCAGAAAGGGCGACAUCGCGGAGGCCAUGGUGUUCUGCCUUAGCCACGCGGACGCCGCUGAGGAGGUCGUGGAGUGCAUCGCUGAGUCACUGUCCAUCCUGAAGACCCCUCUGCCAAAGAAGAUUGCACGACUAUAUUUGGUGUCAGAUGUCCUGUACAACUCAUCAGCUAAAGUUGCCAAUGCUUCGUACUAUCGGAAAUUCUUUGAAGCAAAACUGUGUCAGAUUUUCUCUGACCUCAAUGCCACCUACAAGACCAUACAGGGACACCUGCAGUCAGAAAACUUUAAGCAAAGAGUGAUGUCCUGUUUCCGGGCAUGGGAAGACUGGACAGUGUACCCAGACCCCUUUCUGAUCAAACUGCAGAACAUCUUCCUAGGCCUGGUCAGCCUGGACACAGAGAAGGCUACCCUCCAGCCUGUUGUUGAGGAGGAGCCUGCGGAAGACAUCGAUGGAGCCCCCAUUGUGGAGGAGGAGCUGGACGGGGCGCCCCUAGAGGACGUGGACGGGGCUCCUAUUGAGGCUCCCAUCGACGGAGCUCCCCUGGAUGACCUGGAUGGGGUUCCCAUAAAGCCUGUUGAGGAGGAUCUGGAUGGCAUUCCCUUGGACCAGUCUUUGCAAAAACAGGGUUUUAAGACGGCACCUUCAAAGUGGGAGGAAGUAGAUGGUUCGGCACUGGAAGCACAAGCUAUAACCACCUCUAAAUGGGAAGUUUUCGAUCAGCCAGAAGAGACUGAGGCAAGCCUGAAGAAGGAGGAGGCGGAGAGUGAAGGUGAGGAGGACCCCAAGAGUUCUAUAUCGGCAGAGCUGCCUCCACUGCCCAACCCAGCUCGGCCCGCCGAGUCCUCCGACUCCAAAUCGGCCAAGGCCUUGGAAAUCACAGAGGAGAGGCGUGCUAAGCUACGGGAGAUAGAGCUCAAAGUGAUGAAGUUUCAAGACGAAUUGGAAUCUGGAAAACGGCCAAAGAAGUCAGGCCAGAGCAUCCAGGAGCAAGUGGAGCACUAUAGAGACAAAUUACUGCAGAGGGAAAAAGAAAAAGAACUAGAACGGGAGAAGGAAAAAGAGAAGGAGAAAAAGGACCAGGAGAAACCUGAGGUCCGUUUGAAAGAUGAGAAAGACAAAGACAAAGAUGAUUCCACCCCAAACAGAAAGGAGAGGAAACGCAGACACAGCUCCUCGCCCAGUCCCACGCCCAGCAGCAGUCGACGGGCCAGAUCGCCCUCCCCUCGCUCAGAACGCUCCACCCGGUCCUACACCAAGGACAUCUCCCGCUCCUCACACAAAGACUCUCCACGGGACAGGAGCAGGAAGUCCUCCAAGAGGUCACCUUCAGCACCCAGGACACCAAAACGAUCACGAAGGUCCCGGUCGAGAACCCCAAAAAAACCAAGCAAGAAAUCCAGGACUCGGUCGAGAUCUCCACACCGAUCUCACAAGAAAUCCAGAUCCCAGUCUAGGUCCCCACACCGAUCCCACAAGAAGUCCAGGUCCCAGUCUAGAUCACCACACAGAUCUCACAAGAAAUCCAGAUCCAAGUCUAGAUCCCCACACAGAUCUCACAAGAAAUCAAAGAAAAGUAAACACUGAUGAAUCAUGUCCCUCCUACCCACAACUGUGAUGUAGUAAUAACUGGUGCGGAAUUUUUUUUUUAUGUGCCUCAAAGAUGGAAGAAGACACUUUGCUUGGAGAGCCUUCAUUUCUUCCUCCUGUACUCUCCGUUCUUUUCCCCCAUUCUGCACAAACAGCCAUGUUGUCUCCAUGAUUAGAGCCAACAAUGUUCUAUAUUGUAUGAUAAUGACAUUACCUGGUGUCCCAAUUUUCCACAUGGAAAUCAUUGCUGUGGCAGGUCAGUCUGGUUUCCAGGCAGGUGACUGUAGUCUUAUUUUCAUGAUUGUUCCUUUUUUGUAGUUCUCAUUAAAAAAGAAUUUAAGAUAAAAAA